AUGACGCCAAGAAGAAGUCGACUGCUGCUAUGCCUGGUCGCGUUCAUCGUCGUUGCAGUUUCCGGGCAGAAAAAUUCCAAGAAAGAGGAUGAAAAAAAAGACGAGGAAUUUAGGUGUCCCGAAGGUCAAGGUAAUGGCAAUUUUGCGGACCCGGCGACAUGCAGGAGAUUCUACCAGUGCGUUGAUGGAUAUCCGUAUCUGAACAGGUGUCCAUCUGGAUUACAUUUCGAUGAUAUUAGCAAAUUUUGCACUUUCAAGAACGAAGCUCGUUGUGGGCCCAUUCCCACGACCCCAGCUCCAAUUACCGAACCGCCAACAGAUUUGGCAGAGAAGUGCGAUUCAGCAAACUGCCAAUUACCAUACUGUUUUUGCUCAAGAGACGGUACAAUAAUUCCUGGUGGUCUGAACCCAGAGGAGACACCGCAAAUGAUAUUAAUGACGUUCGAUGGAGCAAUAAACCACAACAAUUUUGACCACUAUCAAAAAAUAUUCGCGACUGACAGAUUGAAUCCGAACAAUUGUCCUCUGAAGGGGACAUUUUUUAUUUCUCAUGAGUAUUGCAAUUAUAAUAUGGUUCAGAGCUUGGCGCAUGACGGACACGAAAUUGCCACCGAAACCAUAUCACUGCAAAAGGGAUUGGAAGAUAAAGGAUACGAAGAGUGGGUUGGAGAAAUGAUAGGAAUGCGGGAGAUACUCAAACACUUCAGCAACAUUUCAACGAGUGAAAUCGUGGGCAUGAGAGGGCCGUAUUUAAAACCGGGACGGAACACCCAGUACAAAGUGCUAGAAGACUUUGGAUACAUAUAUGACAGCAGUAUCGGUAUUUCUCCUCUGAAAGUACCCAUAUGGCCGUACACCCUCGAUUACAAAAUUCCACAUGAGUGUAAAGCAGGCACCUGCCCCACUAAAUCAUUCCCAGGAGUUUGGGAAUUACCGUUGAACGCGCAUUACGUAGAAAGUUACGAUGGAGGACAUUGCCCUUAUUUGGAUCAAUGUGUUCUGCAUAAUCACGAUCCUGAAGAAGUUUUCGAAUGGUUGCAAGAAGAUUUUAAUCGUUACUACGAACAAAACAGAGCACCAUACAUGAUGCCAUUCCACACCAACUGGUUUCAAAUAAAGGAACUUGAACGCGGUUUAUCCAAGUUCCUCGAUUGGGCAGUGACAUUGCCUGACGUAUACUUCGUGACAGCCACGCAAGCGCUAACAUGGAUAACAGAUCCGAAACCGAUAAAAGCUCUGAACAAUUUCGAAGGGUGGUCGUGUAAGAAGAAAGAAAAUAUUCCUGGACCACCAUGCAAUAAUGCAAACAAAUGCGCUUUAGAUUUCAAACCGCCAGAAUCGAAUUUCACCACAACAAGGUACUUGGAAACAUGCAGAGAAUGUCCUAAUAAGUAUCCCUGGUUAGGAGAUGCGAAAGGAACUGGAUUAUACAACGAUAAUUACAAUCCUGAAAGAAAAUAAAAAUCCUAAAACUAAAAUUAGACGUAAUUUAAUCAAUUUUCGUUUGUUGUUGUUAAUAUAAGUAACAUGUAUAAUAAAUUUAAAAUUCUGCACCUCAAAUCCAGCUCCAAGAUAAUAUAUAUUAGGUAUUCAUAGGAAUGAACAAUUUAAAAAAAAAGAGGAAUAAUAAUGAAUGAGAAAAUGUACUUAUGCAAUAAACUAUACAUGUAACGAAAUUAUCAAUUAAAAUAUUUUUGGACUACA